AUACAUACAAAUUAAGAAUAUAUUAGUUAUGCAAGUGUGGAGAAAGCGUUAAAAAACAGAGCCUCUAUGCACAAUCUUAAAUUGGAACUCAAUCAAAAGAGCUUACCUCAAGAUGAAGAUCGUGUGUGUAUUACUUUCCCUUGUGGCUCAUAUGGUGACAGUUCAUGGGGAUGUCGAAAUCUUUGACUAUGCCAGACUGUUUGGGUUGAGCAAUAAAACGGAAGAGCAAAAAUACAUGUGCGUAGAUAUUGUGUUUGCAAUUGACAUCUCCUGUAGUGUCAAAAACAUUGACAAAAAGAAGAUGGUGACAAUUGUGGAAAAUGUAGUGAAAGGAGCGAAAGUAAACGAAAAGAUUACAAGAUUUGGCCUUGUAUUAUUUGAUAACGGAGCAAGGAAAGAAUUUGGCCUGAACAAUAAUUUUGGCAAUGCAGAUGAAAUUCUCGGAUUGUUGGCAGACCUUAAAACCAAUAUUAAAGACAAAAAAGAAGGAUGUAAGACGCACACAUGGAAAGCCUUGGAACUAGUGCGAACUGACGAGGACUUACUUGGCAGCGUAUCAAGAUAUGACACAGAAACUGGGAGGGAACGGAAGAGAGUGUUGAUCCUCAUGACAGACGGGGUGCCAUUUGAUAACAAACGCAACGUAGAUGAAAUGGCUGAUCUCACCAAAGAAAUGGGUAGACUUAAUGACUUAGCGAAUAUAACAACAUUUGUUGUACACGUUCCCAGGGAUGGUGUUCUGGAGCCUAUUCCUCUCUUGGAAGACCUUGUUUCCUCAAUGAGAUGGCUGCAUGAGGUAGGCGCCAGCACAGAUUUGGAAGAUGUUGGACGGUAUUUCUUCCAUCAGUUGGUAAAGAUUAGCGGAUGCGAUUAUAGAUGUACUACAAAAAUUGAUAUUUGCUUCGUGAUGGACCGCAGCGACAGUAUUGAAAUUGAGAAUAUUAAGUUAACAAAAGACUUCCUCAAAGACUUGGGUGAUUCUUUCCUUGUUACAUAUGAUAAAUCAAACAAAAAAUUUACCAGCGCUAUGAUUGGCGUGACUAGCUACAACCAGGACGUCUAUCAACAUUCACUGGGAGUCGAAUGUAAGGACAAUGCAUGCGUCCGUGAUGUUAUUAGUGCAAUACCUGACGAACACAAGAAAUAUACAGAGACUUAUGAUGCUCUUGCAAAUGUUGCAUCACAGUGUUUGAAAGUCCCAAGGGGGCCCGGUAUUCACAGGGUGGCUAUUUUAGCUACAGAUGGAAACACAUGGAAAGAAGGAUCAAAUCGUAUCAAUUCUCGCCCUACUAUUGCAAUAGCAAACCGACUCCGAAGAAUGGGGAUCGAUAUUGAAGUCAUCGGAGUUCCAAAUUAUCGAGAAGUUGUUGGAAUCGAUGAGUGGCAAAAAACAGCGAGUCACUUUGUGUUCGAUAUGCGUAACGGCACGGGGCCUGGUUGGAGUGUUAGUUUUGAGGACCUCAAGUCCAUCACGGGAACUGUAGCAAGGAAAAUAUGUGAACAAUAUUCUGAUGAACAGGCUAACGAAGUAUAA